AUGAUCGAGUAAAACAAAUAAAAUAAAUGUAAACAAAGCUUUAUUAUUUUAAAAAAGAGAAGAAUAAAAUUAGUCAAAAAUGGAGAUCCAGCAUAAAUAAUUAAUUGCUUAAUAAAAUAACAUAUAAAUUUUGAUUAAUUAGAAAAUAUAAUUAUAGAAAAUAUGUAAUUAAGUAAAGAUUUUUAAGGUUAAAUUCGAGUUUUUAAAGUUGGGGGAAUAGAAAUAUUAAAUGAGGAUGUUUAAUAUAUAAAAAAUAAUGAUAUUUUAUACGUUUCGGAAGGCCAAGAGUUCGACGAAAGUUCAAACUUUGCUAUUUAUAAGAUAAUAAGAGUUUUAGGAGAAGGAGGUUUCGGGAAAGUAUAUAAAGCAAAAAAUAGAAUAACAAAAUAAUGUGUAGCAAUAAAGAUGAUUGAAUGGCAAAAAAUAAAAAACGCAAAAGAAACAGAAAUGAUAUUCAAAGAAUUAGUUGCAUUAAAAAAUUUAAACCAUAAUAAUAUUGUAAAAGUAUAUAAUUGUUUUACUCUACAUAAAACUAUGAGUGUGGCUUUAAUUUUGGAAUACUUAGAUGGAGGAGAUUUGAGAUCGUAUUUAGAUGAUAGUAAAAUUAUAAAAGAAGAUGAGGCUUAAAAAUUAUUUUAUUAAUUACAUUCUGCAAUUUAUUAUUGCCAUAGAGAAGGUAUUAUACAUAGAGAUUUAAAAUUAGAAAAUAUUAUGUUUAAUGAUUAAAAUCAUAAAAUUAUUAAAGUUGUUGAUUUUGGUAUUUCGGGUAAAUAAUCUUUAAUUAAUAUUGAUUAUACUGAAGCUGGUACAGUUAGAUAUUUAGCACCUGAAGUUAUAAAAAGUCAUGCUCCAGCUCAUCCUAGUAUUGAUGUUUGGGCUUUAGGAUGUAUUUUAUUCUGGAUUUUGACAGGAAAUUCGCCUUUUAAUUAAAAAUAAAAAGAAGCUAUUUAAGAAAAUAUAGUGAAGGGAAAGUGGGAAUUUCAGAAUAGUGAUAAAAAAAGAUUGACUAAAAGUGUAUAAGAUUUAAUUAAAAAAUGCUUAUUGUUGAUUAAAAUUAAAGAAUUACAAUGUAGGAAAUAUAAGAUCAUAUAUGGAUGA